UGCUAGAAAUGUUCUUGGUCUCCCUCGAGGGGAGAUAUGUAACGGAUGAAAAGCCGCCUUGUUUUCAAAACGAUGAAGGUAUCCAACCUGAAAUGGAUAUGGCAUUAACACCCUCUUUUGAAAGAAUAAAUGAACAUAUAAUGUAUCUUAAAGCUAAAAUUGAAUCCCGAAUAACACAGAUGAGAAAAGAAUAUUGCAUAACAAGCGACGCCUCUAUGGUGGACUUUACAAUAACUUCACAAUCUAACAGCCAGAAGUUUAGAAAUGAUUUCAUUGGAAAUCCAACAUCAUUUUUUGAGACGAUAACUGGACAUUACGAGAUGCUUAAUCGUUUCACUGACAAUCUAGAAGAACUUUCUAAAACAGCAGCUGAUAGAUAUGCAAAACAGAAAUUGCUGGAAAUCCAAGGCCUAGUUUAUGAUGCCAUGUGUUCCAUUAAAAUUGUAUUGAAAUCUCAAUAUGAAGAUCCUAAUAGCAAAGUACCGGGUGGAGGAAACAGUUUUCAAUAUGACAAUAUUUGUGAUCAACAGAACGCGGAAUAUUUAACGAUGUUAAUUGGUUAUUCAGUAGCAGACUAUCUCAAUUCAUUGUAUUCAACUGUCGUAAAUUAACUUGAAACGCUUUGACAUGCUAUUUAUCAUGAAUAAGAUCUUCAGAAAAAGCAAUAACAAAUAAAAAGAACAAAAUCUAGGCAAUAAUCUUAUUGUGCUAUUAAAUGUUAUUGCUUACAAAAAAGGAUACUACCUUAAAAAGCUACUAGAACCGUUUUACGUUGUUAUUGCUGCCUUUAAAUUAUUAACGUAUUAGCUGUUGUUGAGAAUUUAUUUUAUAUAUGAAACAGAUAACAAAAAUGUGCAAAUAUAUACCAACAAAUAGACAACAUACCAACUAUUUUUAUGAUGCACGAUCAAUUAAAACUAUGUUAUCAUUUGUAGCACUUCAGGAAUUAAAAAUUAUAAUAAAAAAACAUAA